UAUUCAGUUUAGACUUGUAUUCAGUCAAAUAAGGACUGUUAAACGAACAUAAGGUGUUAGUAUCUCGCAAAAUAUAAAAAAAUUAUAGAAAAAAAAAGUUUUUUUUAACUUUAAACGGCAACUGUUUUAUUUAAAUUUUUUUAAGAAAAGAAAAGAAUUUUAAAAUAAAAUUUAUUUGUUCUUUCAACAACAACAACAAAAAAUUGUAUCUCAAAAAAAAAAAAAUUGGUGGCUUUCUAAAUGGAAUCGAUUGGUCAAGAUUAAUAAAUAAUUGUUUUUCGUAUACGUGAUUUAUAUGUUGUCAUUUUGGUAUAAAUGACUUAUUUUGCUAAACGAAUAAAAGUCGUUCUAUUUUCAACUGCGCUGCUAGAUCGCUAAUUUUAUAUUUUAGCAGCGCACGCGCCUUCGGUGUUAGUCAUAAAAAUUAUUACUUAACAAUAAUUUAUUCAUUUUAUAUUUGAUGUCAAAGAAAAUAGUGUUGAAAAUUUUAAUUUAAAAUAAAAUUUCAGAAAAAAAAACGAGAAUAUCUACAGAGAAGUAAUAUUAUAGAUAAUUUGAAAAUAUUUAAAUAAAUAAACAAGCAGCAGCAGCAGCCAGCACACAUACUCAAUAUAAUAUCAUUUAAUACACAAGUAAAUAAUCAAGUUUAAUUGACCAAAUUAUUAUAUAAACUUUGUAAUUGUGCUUCGAUUCUAAUGUGCAACUUUUAAAAUACAUGAAUGACUUUUACUGUUUAAAAUAAAAAGGAAAAGAAUCAAAAUAAAUAAAUAAAAUUUCAACUAUUUUAUAUAUCUAGAUAGAUAGACGUACAUUAUAUACAAUUAAAGUGUCAUCAUCUUUAAAAUAAAUUUAUUUGAAAGAAACGAAACGAAAAUUAUAAAAUGAAAAAAAUAAAAGCGAACAGUAUGUCACAAAAUGUUAAAAGAUUUGAUAUAAUAAUUAUUAAAUAAGUGAAAAUGAUAAAAAAUCUAAGUUGAGAACUCGAAAAAUUUUCGGAAAAUAUUCGAAUUUCUGUGGAAAAAUCAUCUUGUCAAUUUGAAAAUUCAACCAGUAUUAGGGCAGGUCACGUCAUAUUUUAAAAGAAAUCUUUAUAAAAUACAAUUUAAUUGAAAUACAAAAAAACGACUCUCAUACCAGUACAUGUUUGUCAUCAUCAUACUACCUUCAUAAUAAACAGUAAAAAAAGAUUUAAAUUGAAAAACGUGAUUUAUAAAAUUAUUCUCAUAAGAAAAUAUUGUUUUUUCUUUACUUAUAAAGACUGUUGUGUGUUCCUGUUUUGCUAUACUAUUGUUUUGUUGGUUGCACAAAUUUUUUUAUUUAAUUUGUGUCAAAGUGUUCUGAUUUUAUUAUUUAAAUAAAAAAAAGAGUACCGAAGAAGAAGAAAUAAAAAAAAAUGGCAAAUUUCAAUGAAUUCAGCCGUAAUAUAAUGCAGUUUUUAAUAUUAUUAUUUGUAUUGUCGUGUGUGCGUGCCAACCAAAGAAGAUUCUCACCAUUAUUGGUGGAAGAUGAUGGAUCCAGAAAUAAUCGACCAGCUGAAUGUCAAUUUGGAAAGACCCUGAAAGAACUGGGUUCAACAUGGUUCGCCGACUUAGGACCACCAUUCGGUGUAAUGUACUGUCUGAAGUGCGAAUGCGUACCUGUAACCAAACGAAGAAGAAUUGUUGCCCGAGUACAAUGUCGAAACAUAAAAAGUGAAUGCCCAAAGGCUACAUGCGACGAACCUGUACAGCUGCCGGGAAGAUGUUGCAAAGUGUGUCCGGGAGACUUAUACAACCCAGACAUCAUUCAAGACAUCCCAUCUCCAGUUACUCAAGAAGAGGAAGAACGAAACAUGAAACAUUUUGGCGCACUCCUAACUGGUCGAACAUCAUACUUCCUGAAACGUGAAGAAGUAAAAUCCGUUUAUUCCACCAAUAAUCCGUUGAACAUCGUCGCAACCGGACGAUUCACGUUCCACAAAAAGAACCUGUACUAUUCAUUCUACACGUCCGAUAAGAUUAUGCGACCGCGUAUGAUUCAAUUUAUGGAUGAAACCGGUCACAUUUUGGAAGAGCACAGUCUGGUUAUACCGCAGAGUGGUCCGUUCAGUGUCUAUCAGAAUUCGACUGGUAAAAUAUGUGGCGUUUGGCGACGCGUUCCAAGGGAUUACCGAAAACUAUUGAAGGAUGAACUCCUAAAUGUUGUACUGUUGUGGGGUGGAGAUUAUCAAGCUGAGCUUGCACUUGCCGGCAAAAUUUCAAAGUAUCCAGCCCUAUCAACCGAACUGUUUAGUUCUUUAUUGGAGCCGGCAUCCGACACAAGUCCGCAGCAGAUGUCUGGCAGUGGAGGUACAGCAAUUGUUUCAACCAGCAGCGGAUCGACAUCAUCUAUUCACAUGACAUUGGUGGUGAAUGGCCUGUUCGGACACGAUGAAAUUGCUGACGUACCGCUGAACAUUCGGUUGGAAUCCGUGGAAAAGAAACAAGUUAUUCUCGAGGAUGUUGUUAAAGUGAAGAAACCCGCACAUGAUUACAACAUCAUCGAAUUCUCAUCACCAGUGUCCACUCAUGAUCUGCGAUUGUUGACUCGUGGUAAAUUAGUACUGACGAUUGAAUCUCGAAAAAAUCCGUCGUUGAAAGUUCAAGGAAAUAUCGUGACGAGAGUGUCGUGUGAAUUGUUUCAGACAUUACUCGCUCCCCAUAACAUUGAAUCGAAAACAAGAAGCAGUGGCUUAGCCUGGCUGUAUCUAAACAAAGACGGUUCAUUGGUUUACAACAUACACACGGACGAUUUGAAUUUGCAGGAAAGUCCUCUGAUUACACUGCUCGAUGAUCGAGUAAAACGUAAAACUGAACUAGAAGAUCUGACUUCAUCAUUGAGCUUUGACAACGCGGUUGGUAUCAUUGAUCGAUUAGGACCACGUGUCUUAGAGCCACUGUACUCCGAAAAUUUAGCUAUCAACGUAGCUACACGAAACGACGAGAGUCUCAUUAGAGGUCGACUUAUUUCGCGACCAGUCGCCGAUGCAAGAGAUUCAGUCGAACCAAUUCUACUCAAACGUAUUGAUCCAAACACUCCGGCCCAUUUAAUCGGAAUGGCUUGGUUAGCUGUUGACAAUCAGUGUUCGUUGCACUACGAAAUUACGUUGAAUGGAUUCCUAAGCCACCAACAGAAAUUCCAAUUGCUAUUGGAAGAAAUUCCAAUCGAAGCACCAGGAGCACCGAUUUCGCGGAAAAUUUUAGAAGAUUUUUCGGGCCACUACUCCGAAGGAUUCGUUCUUGGAAUGACAUCGUAUGAAUUAGCCAAACUAGAAACCAGCGUUUGUUAUCUGGAAAUCCGAUCGCAAGAUCGUGGCGAAGUGCUACUGAGAGGAAAGCUUAAAGCUACGAAAAUACCCAGUCAAUGCUUCCCCAUAUACACGGACAACAAUGUGCAAAGCGUAUUCAGUCCGAACGAUCACAACGACAAUCAUCUACCGGCCAUCGACACAAAAUGUUAUCACUCCAAUCGAUUCUAUGAUGAGGGUGAACAAUGGAAGAGCGGUUUGGAGGAAUGCACCAUGUGCUCUUGCGUUCACGGCCGAGUCAAGUGUGAAGCAUUCAAAUGUCCGCCAUUGAAUUGUAAAGCAGAAGAUCAGAGAACACGAACAGGCGAGUGCUGUCCAUCGUGUUUGAGCUCAAAUGCUAUUACGGAAUUAACUAACACAUCGUCAAGCCGCGGUUGUCACCUGGGCGAUCAAUUCCACUCGGCCGGUUCAUCGUGGCAUCCGUAUUUACCACCAAAUGGCUACGACACAUGCGCUGUUUGCACUUGUGAUCCGAUGACACUAGAAAUUCAAUGUGACCGAGUGCAAUGUCCGUCGCUCAAUUGUUCCGAGAAAGUCGCAUUUAGACCAGACAAAAAAGCUUGUUGCAAGAAAUGCCCUAAUGUCAAGCAGUCCGAUACUGACAAAACGCCUUCCGAUAUGCUUCGUGAUCAGGGAUCGAAAAAGGGGACACUCAAAUCAACCGAAGAAAUUAUGGCAAAUGGAGGAUGCAAUGUGGCUCAAACGAUAUACGAAAAUGGUCAGGAAUGGCAUCCCGUUUUACCGUCACAUGGCGAACAGAAGUGUAUUAAGUGUCGCUGCAAAGAUACAAACAUAACAUGUGACCGAAAACGCUGUACCCGAUCGAUUUGCAACAAUCGCGUUUCGGGUAAACGGCGCGGUAAUACCAAUGCCCAGAAUCACGAAAUCGACGAAUGUUGCUCCAGUCAAUGCCGACGAUCACGAAGACAUCAAAACCAGAAACGAUUUCACAGAGAAUAUAGCGAAAGACAAUCGAAUCCGAACAAGAGCUGAACAUUUUCACCGUAUUUUUAUUAAUUAAAUAAUUAUUUUUUUCUUUCUGUUCAAUAGAAGCCACGCUGAAUAAGAUAUAAGAUUUUUAAACUUAAAAGAAACAAAAACAAAAUUAACAAAAGAAAAUUAAUAAAAAAAAAAGAGAAAUCAAUCGAUUAACGUGAGUGAGGGACGAAAGUAAGAGAGGGAGAGAGAGAGAGAGGCGAAUGAAAUGUAGAACAUUUUUGUUGUUGUCGCAAGGACUAUUCUACUUGUGAGAAAUAUAAUGAAAAUAAUAAAUCAACAAUAAAAUUUGAAGGAAAAAACAAAUUGUUUUUAAGAAAUCAAAAGUCGGUGCUUUUAAAGUGGAACAGUCUGACAUUUCUCCGUGUCUAUUCCUUUGUCAAAUGUCAGACUGUACAAUUUUGAAAACGCACGAUUUUACCGAGGUUCAGAAAGAACAUGAAGACAGUGGAGGCAGUGGCACUUAAAUUUUCUAGUGGCGUCCCCACGAACUUAAAAGAACACUAAAUGGAAAAUGUCCACAACCGUUCAAAGAGCCACUAAUUAAUUUAAAAAAAUGGGACCUAAUAUCAUUGUUUUACCUUAAAGCCAUGAUGACUCAUUUCUGUUCAAAUGCAAAAAAAAAUGUAGAAGUUGAGCCAUCCUGGCUUUAUAGUAAGAAUGUCCCGGACAAAAACACCUAGUUCUAUCAGCUUCUUUGGGUGCCAAUUACCUUCGUAGAUGUCCUAAAGGGUUUUUUUUUAGAACCUUGACUUUCACAGUGAAAAGAAAUUUAAAAUGAAAAAUUAAUCAACGGAAUAUGAUUAAAGCACAGGGCUAAACAGAGUCAUUUAUACAUAGCUUUAAAUCUAUUAAUUUAGUGUAAAACGUUUCAUCGUGUACUUUAAUUGUGUGUGCUUUUUAUCAAGAAGUUUGUGGCAAAAAAGAAUUGAAAGAAGAAAAAACCAUGAAGGAUUUUCAGUAAAGUUUAUGAAAUGGAAGAGAAACAAAAUCAUUAUUUAUUCAGAGCGAAACGAUUUAGCGAAGUUGUUGGAAAACGAAGAAGGAAAAAUAGAAAAUGUAGGCGGAGAAAGAGAGAGUAUAAUGAAUGUAAAUAGCAACAAAUAUCUGAUGUAAGAUGUAUACAGAAAUGCUAACAAAGUUUUUUUAUUAUUAUUCAUUAAGGAUAAUUAUACUGAUUGAAAAGGAUAGAGGAAAAUAACACACACACACACACACAAACACACAAAAUUGUUAAAUCAAAAUAUGAACGCAGUGUAAAACAUAAAAACAUAAGAAAUAAAAUUAGAGACAAGAAAAAUGAAGUUACAUGUCAACAAGCUUUAAAUUAACGAACAAUAAUUUGAUGUAAAAGCAAAGUUCAAUUAAAAACAAAAACAAAACAAGAAAAACCAAAACCGAAAAUUAAACAAAAGUUUAAGUGGAAAUUCGAUUUAUUCUCAGUGUUCGGUUUAAUCCAAUUUGUCACCGACUCGACUCAAUAAAUUCAACAUUUUCUAUAUUUAAAACACAAUCCUUGUCCUGUGUGCUCCCUCAGUAAAAGGAAU